AUGUCCUGCCUCCGGCGUCAGCCCGUCACUAUCCCCAUGGACACCGUCAAGAUCAUCCAGUCAGAGAAGUUCCCAAGAGAAUGCCCCGUGCCUGUCACCCAGCCACGCUAUGCCCCGCCCCCCAGAGUGGCCUGGGAUGGUGGUGGCGAAGGCGAGAUUAUUGUCAACCAGGCGUGCAGCGAUCUGGCCCUAGAGAUGACAGGGACCCCCAGGUCGAUUGUAUCCUCCCCCGUCCCGGUGACGCGCAGGGAACAGAGCUUCCUGGCGCAGCGCAAAACCAGUGCCAACGAAAUCUGCUAUCACCAGUUUCACUACAAGAUGGAGGACGUCAUCGUCAAUCAGUAUGUGCUGCGCUCUUCCUCCACUUCUUCCUCCACCUCCUCCUCUUCUUCUUCGGGACCUGUCAUGCCCUGUGAGCCCCUGGACUGCCCCACAUGCGGCCACACCUACAACUUUGCCGGCAAACGUCCACGUAUCCUCUCCUGCCUACACUCUGUGUGCGAGGAGUGCCUGCAGAUCCUCUACGAGUCCUGUCCCAAGUACAAGUUCAUCUCCUGCCCCACAUGUCGGCGUGAGACGGUGCUGUUCACUGACUAUGGCCUGGCUGCUUUGGCCAUCAACACCAGCAUCCUGAGCCGCUUGCCCUCUGACCCUAACGGGCCAGUGCAGUGGGGCGGGGACGCAGACCGCAGCUGCUACCAGACUGUGCGCCAAUACUGCCAGUCAGCCUGCACCUGCCAGAUCGCCAACCCUUUGUCCUCCUGUGGCAUCAUGUAG